AUGGCCGACCCUUCGUUGCCGAAUGGCAGAGCCGCGUUGGAUGAAAUGCUGGGCCGCCUGUCGAGGAAGCCCGGCUUCAAGGCCAGCAUUGUGCUCGAUCGAACGACAGGCUCUAUGAUAAAGACGACCGGCGAUCUGUCUGCCUUGCGAACGUCCAAGUCGCGAGACGAAGCGACGGCCGCAUCCUUUUCCAACGAGGCACCCGCGGCCGAAGAGAGCGAGUCCAAGGGCAUCGAGGAUUUCGCGGCCAUGGUAUGGAACUAUGUCAAUAGCUCCGGGCAACUUGUACAAGAAAUGGACACAGACGACGAGCUGAAGCUCCUACGAUUGCGGACGAAAAAGCAGGAAAUCAUGAUUGUCCCGUACCCGAAAUACAUUCACACGGUCAUCCACGACACGCCACCCGCCUGA